GAAAGGGAGGAGAAACAGCGUCGGGAAGCGCUGUGGCACGCGGUAGAGCGAAAAAUGGCGAAGACGUUUCGCGCGGUGACGGUCUCGAGUCUGUCAAACAAUGGACAGUCCACGCCGAAGUACAACAAACCGGUCGCGCUCAAUAUCAAUUACGACCCGCAGGGCCUCAGCGUCGAGCUCGUCUCAGGAGAUGUCAGCAGGGAGAAGGCGACUCUCUUGGAAUUCCCAGUGACUCCCAGUACCGAGUGUUCUCGCGUGUCAUCUCGAAGUUAUGUUUUCACGCUCGAUACAGAUAGCUUACUGAUUACAUUUGCUAACGAGACAGAUUUCCGCAAUUUUCACUCGCACAUAGUAAAACUCAAGAUGGGGAAAGGUGUGUCGGCGUUCAACGAAAGAACGGAGGAGUCCUCGGCGAUGCAGUAUUUCCAGUUUUACGGCUAUCUCUCGCAGCAGCAAAACAUGAUGCAGGAUUACAUUAGGACCAGCACGUACCAGCGAGCGAUCCUCGGGAAUCUGUCUGACUUUAAGGAUAAAGUUGUACUAGACGUGGGCGCUGGUUCUGGGAUACUGUCGUUCUUCGCCAUACAAGCCGGCGCGAAGAAAGUAUACGCCGUGGAGGCGAGCAAUAUGGCGAAUCACGCCGAGCUUCUAGUUGCAGCUAAUAAUUUAUCAGAUAAAAUAAUAGUCAUAGCCGGGAAGAUAGAGGAGAUCGAUUUGCCCGAAAACGUGGACUGUAUAGUGAGUGAGCCUAUGGGAUACAUGUUGUACAAUGAACGAAUGCUCGAGACCUAUCUACACGCGAAAAAGUGGUUAAGUCCAGGCGGAAGAAUGUUUCCCUCCAGAGGUGAUCUGCAUAUCGCGCCAUUUUCCGAUGAAAAUCUUUACAUGGAACAAUUCAAUAAGGCCAAUUUUUGGUACCAGACAUGUUUCCACGGGGUAGAUCUCUCUGCCAUGAGAAAUAACGCCAUUAAAGAAUAUUUUAGACAACCGAUUGUCGAUACUUUUGAUAUUAGAAUAUGUAUGGCAAAAUCUGUAAGGCACAUAGUAGACUUCCAAACAGCUGAUGAGACUGAUUUACAUAAAAUAGAAAUAAAUGUCGAUUUUCAUAUACUGGAGAGCGGUACAUGCCACGGUUUAGCUUUUUGGUUCGACGUAGCGUUUAUCGGGUCGACGCAACAAGUUUGGUUGAGUACUGCUCCUACAGAACCUCUAACACACUGGUACCAAGUACGCUGUUUAUUGGAAAAUCCAUUGUUUUGUAAAAGCGGGCAGCUACUCUCUGGAAAGGUCAUUCUUAUAGCGAAUAAAAGACAAUCCUACGACGUAACAAUAGAACUGAAGCUCGAAGGAACGAAUCUGGAGAGCAGUAACAACACCUUAGACUUGAAAAAUCCUUACUUCCGAUACACAGGCGCGGCGGCGCAGCCGCCACCUGGUUUAAACAACACUUCGCCUAGCGAGUCCUACUGGACGACUCUGGAUGCGCAGGGUGCUCGACAGGCGGUGAACAUGGUCAAUGGAAUGUCGGUUAACGGUCUCGGGGAAGUCUCGAUGGAUACAAGCGCGACAGUAAAUCCAAAUAAUUUGCUGGCAAUAGGAGGACAACCAAACAUUCAUCCGGGUUCUAUUUCGAGUACAGGACGGGGUCGCGUGGGCGGUACGGCUACAAGUACACAAGCGGCACAAUUGAUAGGCGGUGGAAUAACUCCAAAUAUGUUUACGUCUCCUGCCACUCUUGGUGUUACUUUCCAGCAAUCGCUGGUCCUCGGCAACACUUCUCAUUAUCCAGUGAAUCCCAGCCUGAUGAUCGGUGACUACGUGACUCCUGGGAACGGCAUAUCGCCGCAGGCAUUUCGACAAUGAUCUAUGGCGAAAUUGUUUCUCGCCGAGUAUUCCCGCAAAGUAAAGCAAUUACAGAACGAUCGUAAUAAUUGUAGCAGUAUUGGAGACAUCGGCAACAACAGUAAGCAAGGCCGCAAAUUGGUAUUUAGCUCCCCAAUCAGUAAGCUUCGACUCUCGUCCGCCGUGCGAAUUUUAAGUACCGUCAACCUGGCCAAUCUCAAUUCAGACUUUAGCCACAGCAACGUUGCUUAUUCAAACAAAAGUACAGCCAGUACUCCCGGAUUUGCGUUCGAUUGGAAUCCUGUCAGGAACAAGUCCCAAUGGGAGGCACGUUGGAAAAGACUGCGAGCCGUCCUCUCGUAGUUGUCAUUAGCUCUCACAAUCGAUUUUCAUUUGGUCGUCACUUAGAAAAGAAAAGGAAAAGAAAAGAUCUUCCAUCGACGUGCAUGCUUGCCAAAUAUAUCCACGUGAAAAUAUAAUAUUUUUAAUGACAAUAUACAGUCGCUAUAGUAUAGGCAUCACUAUUUUACGAAGUCUUGACAUAAAUCCGUGAAACUUGUGGUAAAGGAGAGAAUCGGGAAUGAUCGCGCGUUGCGAUCCGUUUUGUUUUUAAUUCGAAUUGAGAUGAUUUAGAAGCGACUCUACGUACUCGAAGACAGGCAUAUUUUACUAAGCUGUGUCGUUGGCUUGGUUGGGUUUCGAUAUCAAGCGACUUUUACACGAGUUUUUAGAAUAGGGGGAAAAAAACAGCGACGUUUCGAACAUUUUGAGAGGUGCAAAGAGCAAUAAUAUAUUAGGGGCAUAUGUUGUAAAGCACUCUGUGGCGUUACCUGUUAUUCAGAUGUCUCUUGCGCUUGUUUUAAUCGACGUGUUUUUAUUUUCGUUAGCAUGACACAAUACGCGAGAAAGUACAACAUUUUUAUGAGUAUUAGCUAUUGCCGCGUAUAUUUCAGUCCCCCUGUAAGUCCGUAUCGAGAUGUUUUAAUUGUUUGAUGGGUGUGAGGCAGUUAUUCAUCGAUCGAUUACGUUUCAUAGAUAAAUUGUAUAUAUAUCCGAAUGUAUUACGCAAACAUAGGACGUGGGAUACUUCAUCUAGAAAACUAUAAACGGCGACCCGUUAAAGUCAUCUCAAAUUAUCAACGUGACAAGUUACAUUGCCAUAAUUUCUACAUGUCGUUGCAGAGUUUAUUACAAAUGCACUACACACACCGGACAAGGAUCACUCGAAUGGAAUCUUAUAGUUUUAUACAAGAUGAUCUGUAAUUCGUAAAGUACAGCUUUGCGUUCCACCUCAUUGUUUUUUUUUACACGUAUUUUGUAAUCGCGAGGAAUGUCUAUUUUGAAAGAUUCUUAACGAUAUCUUUGAUGAAAAAUACAAUGGCGCGUGUAAUACACGUAUUUUGUAAUCGCGAGGGAUGUCUAUUUUGAAAGAUUCUUAACGAGAUCUUUGAUGAAAAAUACAAUGGCGCGUGUAAUACGAUGUUAAGUUUCAAGCUGCAUUAUUCAUCAAUUAAAGUAGAUAUGUAUCAUAUAUUUUUCUCUUUCUCUCCGUCGUAUCUAUGAGCACGUUAAGUUAUUUGCGUAAAAAAUUUGUGUACGCGUGUAUUUCGUACGUGAUGAUAUUAGUAGAAUAAUUCAUGACGCAAUGUCUUUGAAAAUGGACGUUUUUUGCGUCGAUGAUAUAUAGUAUAGUAAGUGAUACUUGGAAACACGCAUAUUACUUGUAUUCGUAAUAAUCUUAUAAAGCAAAACAGAAGUACACAGCCAUAAUGAUUUUUCAUCAUCUUUAACUCUUUUCACUCAUUGAUACUACGUUAUAAAAUUGUUGCUGCGUAAUCAUUAUUUAACGUCAAUUAUUACUUGUCUCGUCAAAAGACAGUAAUGUUCAUUAAAAUUAAAUUUAAUAAAACUUUCAUUGAUGUUUGCUAAUCCUUUAUCUGAUGACACAGAUCUGAGUGUGAAGGGUUAAAUUGUGGAAACAUUGAACGUACUCUUGCAAAGCAAAUAUAUGUUGAAUGUUACAUCCCAUAUUUGAUGAUGUUUAGUUCAAUUAAGAAUUUUUUAGUAAAUAAAUAUGAGAAUGAGGGAGGCCGUUAAUCGCUAAUCUGUAUGGAAACUACUGUACAUACACAUUUCAUAUUCUCGAAUAUUUUUAUAUAUCGUUUAAGAAUAUACUGCUCGAUCCACCAGAAAUAGUGCAACUGAAUAAUAUUUUUAGAUUUGAAGAGGCAGGUUAUUUAAAAUUAUACGAAUUAUUCGGUAAUACAUCAGUAUGUCAGAAAAACUCGGGUCGUGUCGCGAAUCUCAUAAAGAAUUUCGAGCGUAAGAAUAUUAUUCUUUAAUAGAUUCCCUUCGAGAACGAAAAAAGUAAAAAUAUAUUCUGUGCACGUUUCACAGAUAUCUUCAAAUCUAGAACAAUUAUUCAGGUCUUCUGUUCCUGACGCACUAUCGUGUAUAACUAAGAUCUCGAGAGGAUUCUUUUAAGUCUCAUUAUUAGGUUUUAAGGAACACUUUACACUUUAUUUGUUAUCUGCACACAUUUGCCAUCUAAACGCACUCUCUAGUUACCUCAUCCGCCGGUGAAUAAAUGUGGCUAGAUAGUUUGUACUUACUCUUUACAGGAUCUGUCAUACCUUGCGUACACGCACACUUACGAGAAGUGUAAAUACGUGCGUCGCUAUUUCUCGAUGAAGUAUUUCCAGAGAGCAGAAGUAUCAUACGCUUGUUAAUACGCGCCUCGGCAUAUAUGCAAACCAAUCUCGUGACAGGCAUUCCACAAGUGCUACUAAUACUGCAUGGUUUGUUGUAAUAAUUAAUGUAAGGACUUGCUUCUUCCAUCGUUUCUUUGGGAUGGUAACACCGUCGGCAAUACCUAGAACGUAACACCGUCUUGUUCCCUGUCCAUCUUUUUGUACAUCACCGUCGGGAGAUCAACGACUUAAUAUUAAGGACAACGGGGCAACGUUUAACACCGCCUACGCUUUUAGGUCUUGCUCUCGGCGUUAUCUUACAUUGCUGUGGAUGUAUGCGUUUCUUUUUCAUUUUGUACCGUUAGAAUAUCGAAUAUAUAAGACUGCUACACCGCUCGGAAAAAACAUAUACGCGAUAUUACAUAUCUCAUCCCAGUUGUGUCCUUUGCAUUUUUUGUCGUCUCCAUUUUUGUAUCAUUCCGAGGGUUUUCUUUUUUAAGGGAUUUUCCGCACAGCCAACGUUCCGUUAAAAGAUACGAUUGUGACGGCUUCUUCUCCAAAUCAUUAAUUUUUUAAUCGGAUCUCGAGCGUUUUAUUCCUGAACUGGGGUACAAAGUUCGUUAGCUAGCUUUCGCUCGUGUAUGUUUUCUGGCGGUAUAUCCGAGUAUUAAUUAGUCCAGCAGUGUUAUAUAGGAAUCUGUGCGUUUCAACGACUGAAAACUAUAUAAGAUAUCUCAGGUAGUUAGGCGAGCUCGAAGAAUGCCUUUACUGCGCUAAGUGUCUGGAUUUUGUUCGGUUCUUUGAACCAAUCUCUUUUUCGCGAUUACGACAACAGAUGCAGUGCGGACGGAGAUUUUUGUUCUUACGAUUCCGUAUCUCGGUGAAGCGUAGGCAUGACUUGACGAAAACAUUGUAUAAUCGCAUAAAAUCAGACUCAUACAAAUAUAAUCUCUGUAACUGUGUAGUGAAAAUUGACCAGUCAUGUUUAAGACAAGUUUUUCCUCGAACUGACGAUUUCCUUCGUUAUGCCUGUGGGACUACUCAUUUCACGUGUUAAUUUUUCAAGGAAUGUUCCGGCGAUUCUUGCAGAUAACAUUCUGAGUAAUGCCUAAAUGAUUUUAAUCGGAAUUGCAAACCGUUCAUUUGUAGAUUUUACUUUUGCAGAUUACCGAAGCUUCGAAUUCCAAAACGUACGAUUUAUAUAAAAGUACGUCGCUUUUUCUGCCGUGCACGUGUGAGAAUAAAGUUCUACUCAAAUGGAAGAGAAAUUUGACGCAUCAGAAAUUGUAGUACUUACAGAUAACAGGAUUGCAGUAAAGCGUAAACAUCGGUUUUAACAUGACAUUACUAGUGUGUUAUAUUCAUUGUAAAUACGACAAUAUUUUUGCAGCAAACGCAACCUUUUUUACCGUUUGUACGAAAUUUUUGUUUCGUACAUUGUGCACGCGCAGUUUCCAGGUGUCGUUUGCCGAACGCAAACGCGUCUGGCAAACUCGUAAUGCCCUCGCUUAUAUUUUAAUAAGUUUUAACAAAUUUCGUGUUAACGAUACAUCACGCGAUAAUUUACUGUCAAUUAGUAGAAUAUUGUUUUUUUGUAAGAAAUAAGUUUUUGACGUUUCAGUUUCACUCGAAUGCGACUGUAUUACGCUGAAUUAGUCAUGUAUAAUUAGGAGUAUACGAAUAUAAGCUUGCGAUAAGUUAUUUGAUUUCUUUUUGUCGAAAUCCGCCAGGCAGCAAUCUUUGGAAUUGAGAUCUUUUUCUCUUCUCCCAGAGAGCCUCAUUUUUAAUAAAAAUAUUUCAACGAAUUGUCUAGCAUGUAUGUGUAUUUUAUGUGAUCAUUAAACCUUUUUGCAAU